AUGGACACUGUGGGCACAGGUCGGAAGGGAUGGCAGCUCCGGGGGAAGGUGGUCCAGAGAAGAGAGGGGAUAACCCCGGGCAAAGUUGAAUAUCUGGUGAAGUGGAAAGGAUGGCCCCCAAAGUACAGCACGUGGGAGCCCGAGGAGCACAUCCUGGACCCCCGUCUUGUCAUGGCCUACGAGGAGAAGGAGGAGAGAGACCGAGCAUCGGGGUAUAGGAAGAGAGGUCCGAAACCCAAGCGGCUUCUGCUGCAGCGGCUGUACAGCAUGGACCUGCGGAGCUCCCACAAGGCUCAGGGCAAGGAGAAGCUCUGCUUCUCCCUGACGCGCCCACUCGGCAGCGGGAGCCCUGAGGGGGUGGUCAAGGCGGGGGCGCCCGAGCUGGUGGACAAGGGCCCCUUGGUGUCCACCCUGCCCUUCCCGCUCCGCAAGCCGCGGAAGGCCCACAAGUACCUGCGGCUCUCACGCAAGAAGUUCCCGCCCCGCGGGCCCAACCUGGAGAGUCACAGCCAUCGACGGGAGCUCUUCCUGCAGGAGUCACCGGCCCCAGACGUCCUGCAGGCGGCCGGCGAGUGGGAGCCUGUUGAGCAGCCCCCCGAAGAGGAGGCAGAUGCAGACCUGGCCGAGGGGCCCCCUCCCUGGACACCUGCGCUCCCCCCCAGUGAGGUGACCGUGACUGACAUCACCGCCAACUCCAUCACCGUCACCUUCCGUGAGGCCCAGGCAGCUGAGGGGUUCUUCCGAGACCGCAGCGGGAAGUUCUGAAUCGCCAUUUUUACUCUUCUUAAACUGUUUUCUUUUGGGCUUGGGGUGGGGACUUCCAGAGAUGGGGAGGGGCUAGGGAUGGGGUAAUUAUUUUAUUUUAAGAAAUACCAAGCAGAAGAAGUGGGGGAAGAUUCUACCACUCUCUCACCACCCUGCCCUUUCGCUGUCAGGGACAUUUACAGAGAGGCCUCAGAACCCAGGGUGGGGGCGCCCAGCAUUGCUCUGGGAGUGGGGCAGCACCCUAGGGCAGGAUGGGGACGGGGCCGCCCUACCUAGGACAUCUCCCUUGUCACUCUUCUCUGGAGACGUGGCAGCUGGGUCUGGGAGUCAACAAGCAUUAGCAGGGCCAGAGCCUCUCCAUGGGUGCCCACCCAGCCUGAAUUCCCCUUUCCUUUUUUUUUGAUUGGGUCUUUAUUUUGAACUUUCUACUCCAGCUCCGUGAGGGGCUGCUGAGGCUGCCUUUGACCAAAAGUGACUGGGUCAGGGAGAAGGGGCAGGAGGAGGGGUCUGAGAUUGCUGGGGCAUGUCCCCUUCACUUCAUACAGGUUUCUGCCAUCCCAGGGAGGAGGCUGCCAGCUGGGACCCUUCUGCUGAGAGCUCCGCCCCCUACCUGGCCUCACAGAAACACUCACAUACACACCCAGCCACACAAGUGUGUGCUGCCCUUUGUGUGCAUGUCCACACGUGCCCCGUGAACAUGUGUCUAUAGCCAUGUUCUUGUGGGCCUUGCACAUCUGGCUUAGAAGCCCUGACUGGGGUGAACUGGUGAACUGGGGUGGCUUAUAGCACAAGAGAACUUGCCACGGCACCCACAUUCACCCCACCUUGCACGCACAGCACGUGCUAGGCUCUGUUCCUAGGCGGCUGCCUGCAACUGUCAGUGGAGGGCAGGGGUCUGCUGCAACCAUGCAGGUGUGUUUUGUGGCUGCACCUGGCCAGGCUACGGGUGUGCAGGCAUCUGCCACGCUGUGCCGAUGCAUCGGUGCAGGCUCUAAGACCCUUUGUUCUCUCCUUCCUCCCCAGAGGGGUUCUUGUUCUUUCUGACUCAGGUGACUUUUCAGCCCUUCCGAGUCCCCUCUUUUUCUGCCUCCCCUCCCACUCAGCCAACCCUGAUGUGGGUGUGGGUGUGUGUCGGCAGUCAGGGAGGGAGGGAGUGUCCCAGUACUUUCUCAGGGCAGCCCUUGACUCCGGAACCCUUUUCUCCUUCCAUUCUGCUUUCCCUCCCCCCAUCCAAUUGCACACCACAGCUUGGGUGACCUUGUGUUCCUGUGGGGGACCUCUGCCAUGUCUUCCUGGGCUGUGGUGUGCAGUGGGUCAUGCACAAGCCCAUGUCCUGGUGAGAGGCUGUGUCUGAAGGGCCACUUGCUUUAUGUCCUGUGGGCUAGUAGCUUCCCUGCCAGUGAGGAGUGACUUCUCCUUCUGUCCCAGACCUGUAGGGGAGAAGCCAGGUUGGGCGGCACCAGGGGAGCGUGGAAAAGGCUCCCACAUCCUUUCUUGUGGUCAAGUCAGGGUGAUGUGACAGGAAAACAGCGUGUGGCCAGGAGUUUGCAACCUGCCUGCUCUCUGCCAGCCUUGUCCCCCACUCUGUGCUGGGCCCUCAGAAAGUCACAGGGUCUGCUGAGGCCAGGAGAUUGUGACUGUUCACCCCAGCCCCUUCUUCCCCAGUGCCCAAGCCAAAGACAGCCUGGACCCCACUUCUGUUUGGGGUGCUCUGUUGACAGAAGUCCCAGAUCCCUGAGUCUCUCUCUCCCCUUCUUCCUUAAUCUUUAGUUGUCCAGGGUCAAUUCAGUGCUUCCACUGGGGGACAGUCCCCUCCAGGGUGACUCGAUCCACCUCCAGCCCAGGGAAUGGAAUCGAGGAGAACAUGUGGGAUGGGUCAGGAAAAGGAAGGGGCAGCAAGACUCACCACCCAUCCAGUGUGGGACCCUUGGGAGGAGAAAGGGAAGCUUGGACUUGGGGAGAGGACUCUUCCAGGAGGGGGGCUCUUAGCAGAGGUGAAGGUGGCAGAGGUUUGUAGGGGGGGUCUCUCUCCAGUUGAGUGUGCUGGCUCAUGGCUCCAGGACAAGGCUGGCAGCUUCCAGCAAGAGUCACGCUCCCGUGCCCCUGGGGACAUGGAAAUUCUUCCUGCUUCCUGGGCACUUUCAAAGAACCAUUUGUGCAGCCUGUGGGUUUGUGGCUUGUGGGGGCUUUUUGUGUGGGUGAGGCCGUUGUUUUUCCUGUCUAUAGCAGCAAAACACAUAUUUCCUCUUACUUAGCCCUUUGCGGCCCCCAGGGAACCCUGCAACCCAGAGAGGGCUGAACUCCAAGGGUGUGGCUUGGGACGGGUGGACCUGAGAUGCCCAGUGCAGUACAGCCACGUGGUUCAUGGGCUGUGGUCACGGCUCCCUGGGGGAAUAGGCUGUGGGCUGUUAGGACCCUCCCAGGACAGGGGCCUCUAUGAGGUACCCUAUGGGAGUGGCUGCGCAGCCUUCCUCCCAGCCCAGAGCAGCCCUGCAGGGCACUCCCACCCCCACAGCCCCUCUAGAAGGCCAGUACUCUUGGGGGUGGAGGAGGCUUAGAAGGUAUUGGACCACCUGCCUUUCUUUCCCCAGCCCCCGCCCGCUCUGAAUGUAGAGACCGGGUAGGUACUUUUUUUCACAGUGGGGGGAUGAAGAGGGUGUUCCCCCACCCCUGGCAUGGCCACUCGUAAUGUGUGGCCGAGCCUAGUGGGCUUGACGAUUAUCACUGCUCUCUGGUGAUAAUCUGGUUGCCAAUGUCCUCCUCCCCUCUCGCUCCAAGGGAAGGCGCCAUGCUUCCGAGGUGGGUGAGCUUUUGCUUUAUAAGUGGCCAGCCGUGGCCGGCAGGUCUCAGCACAAGAACGCUUCCUUUGCACAGAAUGAGCUUCGAGCUUUGUUCAGACUCAAUGAAUGUAUUUGGGAGGGCUGGGGCACGAGCCGAUUCCGAGCACAGGCCUUUUCUAGUGAGUGUGUGCUGGGGACAGUCAGAGUGGGUGUAGAGCGCGGUUUUAUUUUUGUACUGACAUUGGUAAGAGACUGUAUAGCAUCUAUUUAUUUAGAUGAUUUAUCUGGUAAAUGAAGCAAAAAAUUAUUACAAAUACAUUAAAGAUGAUUUAAAAAAAAGAAA